AUUAUUUGCCGGGAAUUUGCUUUCUGAGAAUUCAGGGCUCACCUUGGAAGGAGCCAAAGGUUCUCUCUCGAAUGGGACAGGAAGGGUAACAAGUGUAAACAACAGUCCCGGUUCUGCUUCGAUGAUGCCUUUCCCUCUGCUCUUCAAUGCAAUCUCAAGAAAAAAAAUGCUCGGGAAGUAAAAGUAUUUCGAGUCCUUGCCCUUUUUUUUUUACUUAUAUGCCAAUAUGUCAUUGUCGGAAUCUGUGUGUCUGAUGUUGCAGGAGAAGAAGAUUUCGAGAGAGGAUUUCUCGAAGAAGCCGAGGGUGAUCUGCUGAGAACCACCAUAACAGCUCUUUAACGCAUGCCACACUCUGACAUCACUGACAUGAAAAUGAAACUGAUCACAGGUGGCUGUAAAAGAUGAUGAUGACAAAAGAGCUUCAUCUUCUUUUGUAAUGGUUGGGGGAUUGGAAAAUGUCUCCACUUCUUUUUUCUGUCUGUGAAACUUUAUGAUUAGGAUUAGGACAAAACGCUGUCUUAAGAACGUCCUAAUAUUCCGUUAAGUUAAAUAUACUCAUUUGUGAAACUAAUCUUCAUUUUGCCUGAUGUUUUUUCCUCAACUUGAGUCAAGGAGUCUUUAACAUCUUUUGCUUUUGUGAAAUCCCUUGUCUGAGAUGAUCAGUUGCUUGAGUGCACUUAGUGUCUCUUGAGCCACUCUCUUGGCAUGAGUUAUGAGUAGAGUCCCAACCUCGAAGCUUCACCACCACGACUGCGUUUGAAUACCCAAUCUCCCUCUCUUGCUUGUUUCGCCUCAGCUUCUUCUUUAGCUGAUUCUUCAUCUACAUUCAGAAGCAAUCUUCACACGAAAACAACGAAUAUUUUUUGAUAUAUGCUAUAGAAUAAAAUUAUGCAACACGCACAUGCAACCUCCUAAUCAUUAACAAAGAAGAACGAAAAUUCAUUUCCUUUUGACGUUAAGGAUCUACAUAUUAAACGUUUUUAUAUCUUAAAAAAAAAAAUUUUACUUGUAAAACUAAUAGUUUCAAAAAACAUCAACUAAACUGAAAUAUAAUAAAAACUAAACUAUAGAGCUAAAAAUUGCUCGACUAGUAAUAGCAAAAAUAAAUAAAGUUUUUUGAAGAAUAUGGAGGACGAAAACCAUGUGUAAAGAAAACAUCCACAAAGUUGAUGAUUUUCUAUUUGUGAGUAAAAGGACACUAUCACAAUAACCAAAGAAGAAAAGAAUAACUGCUUUGUCUUCUCAAGUUAAGGAUCCAACAAUUAGAAGUUGAAAGAGAUUUCAUUAUUCAAAACUUAUAUAUUGUAGAGAAAUGUGUAGAGCUUUAGUUUUAUAUACCGACUAAACUAAAAAGCUCAACCUUUUUUCUCAACCAAAAAAAAAAAAAACAACAUAUUGAAUAUUUAUGGAUGUAGCUGGUGAAUUUCAUCGAAUAGAAAAAGAUGGUAAACCAUAUUUUGAAUACCACCAUUCAAAAUACCAUCCUAUACCCCAAAUUCAAAGCUCAUCCUCCUCCAAAAUUAUCAUCAAAAACCAUACACUACAAUCUCUUUUCGUAUGUCCAGUUGUACGAUGCCGUGUUGCAGUUAAUGACUCACCUGAUACUUCCACACUUUGUCCUAUCUUUACUUCCCCGGAUUAUCUCUUCUCUAUAAGACAUCAUCGUUUUUAUCAUUCAGUACUCCCUUUAUUUUGGUGCAACAAUAAAGAGUUUGAAAAAGAUGGUGGGUGUGAGGUAUGCAGAGGUGUAGAUUUUGGCACAGACUACUAUCUCUGUGUCGACUGUGAUGAAAAGUAUCACAGAGAAUGCGUUCAGUCUCCACUUAAAAUAAAAUCCCCUUAUCACCCUCAGCAUUCUCUCCAACUUAACUAUCUUAUAUAUAAUAUUUCCCCCAUCAUCAAAUGUUUAUGUUGUGAAAGAAUAGCAAGUCGUCUACUUUAUUAUUGUGACAUAUGUGAAGUUUUCAUGCAUCCUGUUUGUGCAAUGAGACCAAUACCAUUUGUUAUAGACCAACCAAAAAGACAUAACCAUCCUCUCACCUUUUUCCCCAGACAAGCUUCUUUAACUUGCAACGUUUGUGGCUUGUUGAGAAAAAAUUAUUCCACCUACAUAUGUGUCAAAUGCAACUUUGUAGCUCAUAAAGAUUGUAUGUAUUUUCCACGCAUCAUCAAAAUAUCCCGUCACCGCCAUCGUAUCUCCUACACUACUUCUCUCCAGUCCGGGGAAUGGUUUUGUGGAGUUUGUCGCCAAAGUAUUGAGACCAGUUACGGUGCAUAUACUUGUGAUAAGUGUUGUGAUUAUUUUGUUCAUUCAAUAUGUGCUCUAGGAAAAGAUGUGUGGGACGGGAAAGAUCUCGAAGGUGUACCAGAAGAAGAUGAUUUAACACCAGACGUUGUACCAUUCAUUAUGAUAUCUAAAGGAGUGAUACUUCAUUUUCUUCAUGUCCAUCAUCUCUACCUCCAAGUCAGCAUGCUUUAUGACGAAAACAAGUUUUGUCAAGCGUGUGUUCUGCCUAUAUUUGAAGGUAAUUUCUAUUCUUGUAUUGAGUGUGAUUUCAUCCUCCAUGAAACAUGCACAAAAUAUGGCCGCAAACUACAACAUCCGUUGCAUCCUCAUCCUCUUACAUUGAAGCUUGUGAGUCCAUAUAUAUCUGGUUGCUACCGUUGCGAUGCUUGUGGUCGUUUUUGCGGUGGAUUUAAUUAUGGGUGUCAUUUAAAGGAAUGCGGCUUCGAUUUGGAUAUACGAUGUGCUUCAAUAUCUGAACCAUUUGAUUACCAAGGGCAUGAGCAUCCCUUGUAUCUAGCUUUGAACCCAGAAGAAAAGCCCAUAUGUCACAUAUGCAAGAUAAAAUGUAAGAAGCAACUAAACUGCAUCAUAUGCGAUUAUAUUAUAUGCCUUAAAUGCACUACCUUACCGUCCAAAGUAAGGUAUAAGCAUGACAAACACUUUCUCAGAGUUUUGUGCGGGAAAGAAGUAUGUGAGAAAAGUUGGUGCGAGGUGUGCGAACAUGAUUUGAGAGAUACAAACACAAAUGUGAUCUAUUGGUGUGAUGAAUGUUGCAUCACUGUUCAUAUUGAAUGUUUAUUUGGUGAGGAUCCAUAUCUGAAGCAUGGUCAUUUUUAUAAAUUAUACGGGUACAAGAUCCAAACUUUUUGCAAAAGCAAUACUUCUCGACCAUUGUGCAACUACUGCAAAAAACGUUGUCAAAAUAAAAUAUUUAUGAGAAAUAGUAUCAUGCUAUGUUCUGUGAGAUGUGUUUAUAGCAAUAUUUAACUUUCACUGAAGA